AUGCAGCACAUCUACAUGCAGAGCAAUGAGCACUUUGAAGUUUUUACUACCGUUUUCUCUCCUCAAGUUAACAGAGCAAGGCAUCGACCAAGACCUGAUGGAAACGACAAGGUGGUAGUAACACACAAGUACAAACCACAUUGGCCCGAUGAGCUGGAACUCGCAGAGGGCGAUGUCAUUCAAGUUUUGUCAAAACAUGAAGAAUCAAGGUGGUUUGGACGCCUCCCGAACGGACAGCAGGGACACUUCCCCGCCUCUUAUGUCCUCGAGCUGAGUCAUGACAUACAUCAGAGGGAUGAAUCCAGUGGUACUAUCUGGGGCUCAAGGAGACGGAGCUCAGGCCAAGCUGGAUCUGUAGAGGUCCUGAGGGACUGCUCAGGCGGACGCAGGCCUGAGGCCCCCAGAGGUGGAGGAGGGGAGGAGGGUCCUUUCCUGGCGCUUUCGCGCGAGGCCCAGACCCCAGCUACGGCCCACAGCUCCCCCAGUCUGCUCCACAGGAUCCUGUCCAAGCACCGCAGGAAGAGCCAGUGCCAGGGGGCCACCAACAGGGCUUUUGAGCCCGACUGA